AUGCUGCUUCCUCUCUUGAUAUACGCCCUCCCCAUCCUUUUCAUAUCAUAUCUCUUCAGAGUUUACGUCUCCCUCUCCUCAAUACCGGGGCCCUUUGCCGCGCGUCUUACCAAUAUCUAUCGCCUUCUUCUUGUCUACAAUCGUGAUGCCCACGAGAAACAGCUCAUACUCCACAAGAAGUAUGGGAACCUCGUCCGACUGGGGCCCAACUGCAUCUCCAUUUCAGGGUCGCAGAGUUACAUCCCUCAGAUCUACGGGAUUGGCAAAGGCCUGGUGAAGUCCGACUUCUACAGUUGCUUCCAAAACAUCGUGAAUGGACGACGGGCGGCCAGCCUCGUGGCCAUGACAGAUGAAAGCCAGCAUGCAAGAUCAAAAAGGCUGAUUGCCCAUGCAUAUUCGCUGAGCACGCUGGUCGAGUACGAAGAACUUGUGGAUCGCACAACGGAUGUAUUUCUACACACUUUGGAGGAACAAUUCGCUAGCACGUUGCCGUCACCUGGACGCGUGCUUGAUCUGGGACGCUAUCUACAGUUCUUCGCCUUCGACGUCAUCGGGGAACUCACUUUUAGUCGGCGGUUGGGUUUCAUUGAAUCUGGUACCGAUGCGGACAACAUCAUCGAAGCGAUCGGGGCGAAUUUCUCCUACUUCAGUGUCCUUGGACAAAUGCCUUGGCUGGACGAAGCCGUCCUGGGGAAGAACCCUUUGUACGUGAGAUACUUCCGGAAGAGCGUCAGUUCCCCAAUCCUGCUGUUCGCCCAAAGACUGCUGAAGGAGCGAUUGAGGGACCUGGAGGAGGCCGGCGACGCAGAUGACAAGGAAGAUAAGUUGAACAGACCGGAUUUCCUAAGCCGAUUUUUGAAAAUCCGAAAAGAUGGCACAGAGGGAGACGAGACCUUGACCGACGCUCAGAUUCUAUCAAAUCUAUUUAUGAAUAUCAAUGCCGGCAGCGACACGAUCGCCUCUACUCUCCGCGCCAUCUUCUACCAUCUCCUCAAAAACCCAGACUCCCUCGCGCUCUUGACCACCGAGCUGGACUCAGCCGCAACACAGAAGAAAAUCUCCAGCCCGUCCCCGACGUGGAACGAGACCCAGCAAAACCUCCCCUACCUGUGUGCCGUGGUGAAGGAAGGUCUCAGGCUGAAUCCAGCCUUGUCCUUGCCGCUGGAGCGCGUCACCCCCAAAGAAGGCCUCACCCUACAACACGAAGACGGCACCAGCACCUUUGUUCCUGACGGCACUGUCGUUGGUAUCAAUCCCUGGGUCUUCCACCGCAGCCCGCACGUCUUCGGCUCCGACGCAGAGAUGUGGAACCCAAGCCGUUGGCUCACCACCAAGGAACAGGAAACCAAGCACAUGGAACACAGUCUACUCUCCUUUGGUGCCGGGAAGAGGUCCUGCCUGGGUAAGAACAUCGCAAUGCUAGAGCUGCACAAGCUCGUUCCAGCACUCCUCAUGAAGUUCACGAUUGAGUUGGACGACCCUACGCGGGAGUGGGAAGUAAGUAAUGCUUGGGUAUUGAACCAAACGGGCUUGAACGUCAGAUUGGCAUUGAGGUAA